AUGGCCGCGGCCCGGAGGGCGGCCGGCGGCUCGGCGGGCUCGGCGGGCGGAGGGCAGGCCAUCGUCUGGCGCAACGUGGUGCUCAUGGGGCUGCUGCACCUGGGCGCCGUGUACGCGCUGAGCCUGGUGCCGCGGGCGCACAUCCUCACCCUGCUCUGGGCGUAUUUCUGUUUCCUGAUGACGGCUCUGGGUGUGACAGCUGGUGCACAUCGCCUCUGGAGCCACCGCUCCUACAAAGCCAAGCUGCCAUUGAGGAUCUUUCUGGCUGCAGCUAACUCCAUGGCUUUCCAGAACGACAUCUACGAGUGGAGCCGAGACCACCGCGUGCACCACAAGUACUCAGAGACGGACGCGGACCCGCACAACGCCCGCAGGGGCUUCUUCUUCUCCCACAUUGGCUGGCUCUUCGUGCGCAAGCACCGCGACGUCAUCGAGAAGGGCAGGAAGCUGGAUUUCACUGACCUGCUGGAUGACCCUGUGGUCAGGUUCCAGAGAAAGUAUUACAAGAGCUCAGUUGUGCUGAUGUGCUUUGUGAUCCCCACCAUCGUGCCGUGGUACCUGUGGGGUGAGAGCCUGUGGAAUGCCUACUUCCUGGCCUCCAUCCUGCGGUACACCAUCUCCCUGAACGUCACCUGGCUGGUCAACAGCGCCGCGCACAUGUACGGCAACCGCCCCUACGACAAGAACAUCAACCCCAGGCAGAACACCCUGGUCACCCUGGGAGCCAUUGGUGAGGGUUUCCACAACUACCACCACACCUUCCCGUUUGACUACUCAGCCAGUGAGCUGGGCCUGAAGUUCAACCCCACCACCUGGUUCAUUGACUUCAUGUUUUGGCUGGGGUUGGUCACUGACCGCAAGCAGGCUCCAAAGGAGAUGAUCCAGGCUCGCAAGGAAAGGACUGGAGAUGGCAGUGCCUGAGGAGUGACGCUUCGCUGUGCCAGCGCUGCUGUCCGCGUGGCUGGCUGGGUGUGCGCGCACGACCCCGUGCCUGUGGUGGAUUUACCUCUGGGUAAAAGUAUUUUUUUGUUUGUUUCAGAUUGGUUGGGCUGAACUAGUUGCCCAGGAAUUGAUUCGGCCACAGCUUUUUUUUUUAUUAUUUCUUCUUUCUUUAUUAGCUGUCUUAUGUCCAACCUUAAGACUAUUAAGUGUAAAAAUGUUAUAUAUUAUUUAAUAUUGCAGUUAAGCAGGAGAGAGAUUUGAUUUCAGUCACUGUAGUCCAUGUUUCAGGUUUGUUGUAAUUUGCUAGUUCAUGGUAAAUGUUGGCAGGUUGAAGGAACUACCUGUCCUUUCCAAGUGCAGUUAGGGAAGAUUUUUGUUCCUACUGCUAAUCCAAUGAGGUUUGGAGGUGCAUCUUCUGGGGGGAUGGGGCAGGGCUCAGUGUGCCGUGUCAGCUGCAAACUCAUGGAAAGGACAGUAACACCACUGAUGAAAAACAGUAUGUCCAAGGGGAAGAAUCACCCUCAGUUUAGUUAGAUGUUAGUUUGGAAACCUGCUUUCUUCUUUUUGUUAGCCCUGUUAGCCAGCCCAGUGCACUGCUGUCUUUGCUAAAUAUGAAAACCAUUUAUUGCUGAGCAGGCUUUUGUGUUGAAGAUUAGUCUCUAUACAGACCAAAAUACCAACUGAUGCUAUAUUGAGAUGGUUCCUUUGUUGUCAUAUAUACAUUGUAAUUGUAA